AUGGCGUACUUGCUGCCUGUCGUCGCCCUACUAGGCGUGGGCGUCUAUCUUGCUCUGAUCAGGAGCAGUUCUUUGCUCAGCAGCAAGCAGGGCGCGACCGCGCAUGAAAAGGCCCUCCCUGAACCUCCCGGUCCGCCUCGCUUGCCCGUGAUCGGAAACAUCCACCAGAUCCCCAAGACCGGCGCCCAUCGCCAUUUCACAGAAUGGGCCAAGACCUACGGUGGCAUCUUCAGCCUCAGAAUGGGCCCUGCGCUGGCCGUGGUGGUCACGGACCGCCGCCUUGUGCGUGAGAUGUUGGACCGCAAGAGCGCCAUCUACAGCGCGCGGCCGCACAGCUACGUCUCCCACGAUCUCAUCACCAAGGGAGCCCACCUGCUCACCAUGCAAUACGGGGAUCUGUGGCGCAAGUUCAGACGAGUACUGCACCCCUACUUUAUGGAGAGCGCCAUCGACAAGGUGCACCUCGAGCUCGUCGAGGCUGAGCAGAUCGCCAUGAUCAAGGACUUCUUAGACGAGCCGGGCAAGCACAUGGCACACACCAGGCGUACGAGCAACAGUAUUAUCAUGAGCGUCGUCUUUGGUGUGCGAUCGCCCGAUGCCACGACGUCUCACAUGCGUGACCUGUACAACCUCAUGGAACGCUGGUCGGCCGUCAUGGAGACGGGCUCCACGCCGCCGGUCGACAUCUUCCCCUUCCUCAAGACGCUGCCCGAGUCCUGGUUCGGCAACUGGGUGCAGCGCGGGCUGGACGUGGGCCAGCGCAUGAAGACCUUGUACAGUGGGCAAAAGGGUCUCGUCCUUGCUCGGCGCGCCGCCCAGCUCAAGGGGCACGCCAACGACCAGCCGGCUACACUGAUGGAUGAGGUCCUCGACCAGCAGGGCAAGCUACAGCUGACCAACCACCAACAGGAUUUCCUCGGCGGGGUCCUGAUGGAGGGUGGAUCCGAUACAGUGUCGACCAUGAUGCUCGUCGUGCUGCAGGCUCUGUGUCUCAACCCGGACAUUGUCGAGCGUGCCCGGCGGGACAUUGACGCCGUCGUGGGCGAGGACAGCACGCCGCGUUGGGAGCACCACGACAAGCUCCCCUACAUCACCCAGAUUGUCAAGGAGGCCAUGCGCUGGCGGCCCGUCACGCCACUGGCGUUCCCGCACGCCCUUCUGUCGGCCGAGCAGGGCGGCGAAGGUGAUAUUGUUGACGGCCGCUUCUACCUGCCUCCGGGGACGACCGUGUUUCUCAACGUAUGGGGCAUCCACCACGAUUGCGAGGAUCCCGACCGCUUCGAUCCCGACCGAUACGACGGCCGGACCAAGACGUCGGCCGAGUACGCGGCUAGCUCCGAGUAUGAGCUGCGGGACCACUACGUGUUCGGUGCGGGGCGACGCAUCUGUCCUGGCAUCCACUUGGCCGAGCGGGAGAUGUUCCUUGGCACGGCCAAGCUGCUCUGGGGCUUCAACAUGGAGCAGGCGCGCGAUGGCAAGGGGGGUAUGAUCCCGAUCGACACGGACCCGGUGACGGGGUACUCGGAGGGCUUCUUGGUCUGUCCCAAGGAUUUUGAUUGCAGUAUUACACCUAGGUCAGAGAGGCGCACGGCGACGAUUCUGAGGGAGUUCGAGGAGGCGAGCAAGAAUGUCUUUGUACGCUACAAGUGA